AUGGCAAACACGGACUCAAGUGUAAUCCCGCUAGCACUUUCUCCGGAUACAACUCGCAGGGCAUCCUAUGACGUGCCGAACGAAUUGUGGCUUCACAUCUUUCACCUGGCUACCUUCGUUCAAGGCAGCUUGGACGCUGAGCACCAUGAUUCAUUUGAUCACGAAGCGGAUCUGUGGAACACCGCUCUACAGUAUUCUACGAUCCCGCGCUUUCCCCUUAUCAAGGCCUCGAACGCAACGAAGCUCGGCUUCGCCCUGGUAUGCAAACGAUGGCAUGGCCUAGCGAUUCCCCUGCUAUACAGGACUGUGCAUGUCAAUAAAUGCGACGACUUAAGAUCUCUCGGGCAUACGUUGCAGCAGUCCGCAAAGAGCGCGGCCGAUGCAUCUGCUGAGGGACAUAACCCUCCUCUGGGCUCCUGGGUACUUCGUCUGGAUCUGGCAAUGGACGAUCUCCCGAAGACGGCGUCUGGUAUGACCAGUGUCCUCGAGAACCUCACUGCUAUAUUCAUAUCUCUCCCAAAACUCGAAAUUCUGUCUGUAAAUGCCCUACCCCCCCUGCACCUAGCAGCGACAGACGCUUCCAGGCCGCUUUCAUUGUGCUUGGCCCAUAUUUCGGAACCGACAUGGGAUGCGUUGACUUCGAGCUGCGGAGGUUCAUUGCUUCGUCUGCAAUUUACAGCCAACCUUUACAAUUCUUGCAUUCUUCCACCACUUCCAAGCGGACAAGGCGGCAUGCUCACAGGGUUCACCCGCUUACGAACGCUGGGCCCAGGAUUCGACGGAGAAUGCCCUGUUUGCAAUGAGUUGCCGUCAACCCUGACAUCCUACAUCCGACCUCUUCACGGGCGUAACACACACGAAUGCUCACUCGUGCGAGGUCUACCCCACCCUCAAUGUCCUCGUCUGUCUACAAUCAGUCUGACGAUCCGGAGAAGUCAUCCAUCUUUAUGCUCCCAGCGUUUCCUUGCGCUCAACGGGCUUCCGGUCACUACCAUCCUCAUUUUUUCCUCACGCUCAGCCGUAAAAUAUCGCCUUACGCUCGAGCUCAUCCGUCAAUAUUGCCCGAAUCUGACACGGCUAAUACUUGUCGUGACCACCCUCGACCAGACGGACAAUGCUUCGGACAUCAUACGACUCAUGCCACCGUCCGUGACGCACCUCGGUGUAGCACUUGACUUGCCGCAUUGGUACCGUGACCCAUCCUCCACCGAGGCCAUAGACGAGAGCGAUCUGGGAAGGAUUGUGGAAUGGCUUUCCGAAGCACGCCUUGCGCUGUCCAGUUCAGCAGUGCGACUAGUGAGAUUUUUCCAUUCGAAAUAUUACGAGCGGCCUUCGAGGAGUGGGGAGACGCAGGUUCUUGGCUUGGAUACGGAGUUGGGAGAAGCGCUGAAACGUUUCGAGGGUUGCCGUGUUCCUUUGGAGGGGUUCAAUGGGCAGCUGUUGCGAUGUGCCACAGAGUGAGUGGAUGAUUGGGGUAGCCUCAAGGCCAAGACCUUGGGUUCGAGGUCAAGGGCGGUAUGUAGUGUGGUGAUAUCGUCAAUCUCCCCAUGCGUGCCACCCGCCUUUGACGGAGUUAGAUGUCGAUGAUUUUUG